AUGCUCAAUAAGCUGUCUGGGCAGCCGGAGAGCUACGAGAGAAAGGCUUUGUAUCGCUUCGGAAGAACACUGGGCGCCGGUACAUACGGCAUUGUCCGUGAGGCGGAGUCUCUUGAUGGAAAGAAGGUCGCGGUCAAGAUUAUCCUCAAGAAGAGUGUCCGCGGCAAUGAGAGCAUGGUGUACGACGAGCUGGAGAUGCUCCAGAAACUGCAACAUCCCCACAUUGUCUCCUUUGUCGACUGGUUCGAAUCCAAGGACAAAUUCUACAUCGUGACACAGCUCGCGACGGGUGGCGAGCUCUUUGACCGGAUUUGCGAUUAUGGCAAGUUCACCGAGAAGGAUGCUUCGCAAACGAUUCGACAAGUGCUUGACGCAGUUAACUACCUGCACAAACGAAACAUUGUUCACCGAGACCUCAAACCCGAAAACCUUCUUUAUCUUACUCGUGCCAGCGAUUCGCAGUUGGUCCUGGCAGACUUCGGAAUCGCAAAGAUGCUCGAGAACCCGUCAGAAGUGCUCACGAGUAUGGCGGGCUCAUUCGGCUAUGCUGCGCCCGAAGUUAUGCUGAAGCAGGGCCAUGGCAAGGCCGUUGACAUGUGGUCCCUGGGAGUGAUCACCUACACGCUCCUGUGUGGUUACUCUCCCUUCCGGUCAGAGAAUCUAACGGACCUGAUCGAAGAAUGCCGGGCAGGCCGCAUCAUUUUCCACGAGCGGUACUGGCGCGAUGUUUCCCAGGAUGCGAAGGACUUUAUCCUGACCCUCCUCCAACCCGAUCCCAGCCAGCGCGUCACCUCUGAGGAAGCACUCAAGCACGAGUGGCUGACCGGUGAAUCGGCCAGCGACCGCGAUCUGCUGCCCGAGAUCCGGGCGUACAUUGCACGUGCCCGUCUCCGCCGUGGCAUUGAGAUUGUGAAGCUUGCCAACCGCAUCGAGGCCCUGAGGGUGCACGACGAGGACGAGCAUGACGAGCAGGAUAUCCCAAGCCCCAUGGAAAUGGGUGGCGCCACCGACCCCGCUGCGCCGGCUACAACAAGUGCGAAUUGCGAUUCCGAUGCCCCUGGCAUCAAGAAGCGCAGUCUGAGCAAGAUUGCCCGUGGCGCUAUUUUCCGGGAGGUGGUUCUGGCGAAGGUCCGUGAGGUCAAGGAGAACGAGGAGCGGGAGAAGGUUGAGCGCGAGGCCCGUGAAAAGGCUUCGCAUGCAUAA